CGUGAAGAAGAAUUCUCCAUCUAUCAAGAAAAACCGUGAACCCUGCGAUACUUUGUUCUUCGGAGCUUUAACGAGAAAAGCAAAAUUUCAGCCAUACACCGCCCAAGCAGAGUGACCAAAGGCAAACUGCCAGGAGAACCACCCCGCCGUCUUAUUGGUCAACCUUAUAGGCUUCUCAAUUUUAUUGGAUUCAGGACCUGCUAUUCAAAGUGAACGCGGAAGAAUACUAGGAAGUAGAAAAGAGGCGUGAAAGACUAAGGUAAUGUGUUUGUUUAUAGGUAUGCACCGACUGUAAAUCACGACUAUGUCAGCCAGUGAAUAUGGAAAGGCUGAUGUUCCAAAAGAACGGUCUUCAACAUCUGGCAUCACCAUGACGACCAGCAUGGAUAACAACAAAAAGAACAGCCAAGCAAGGACUGGAUGUCAAACUGAGUCUAAUAACGACACAACCUCCACUGCGGACUCCAACCUGGCUCUACUUAAAGCCCACUCACUAGAUGUGAAGUUUGAGGUGGGUGAGGAGUAUGACAUCAUAGAGACCAUCGGAACGGGAGCCUAUGGUGUCGUUUCCUCUGCCAGGAGGCGGGACAAUGGUCAGAGGGUGGCUAUAAAGAAAAUCCCCAAUGCUUUUGAGGUGCUGACCAAUGCAAAGCGUACCCUCAGGGAGCUCAAGAUUCUCAAGCAUUUCAAGCAUGACAACAUCAUUGCCAUCAAAGAUAUCCUGCAGCCGGCCUUACCUCACUCUGCCUUCAAGUCUGUCUAUGUGGUUCUGGACCUGAUGGAGAGUGACCUCCAUCAGAUCAUCCACUCCCAUCAGCCUCUGACACAAGAGCACACUCGGUACUUCCUUUACCAGCUGUUAAGAGGCCUCAAGUAUGUCCAUUCUGCCAAUGUGAUCCACCGAGAUCUGAAACCCUCCAAUCUACUGGUCAAUGAAAACUGUGAGCUGAAGAUUGGAGAUUUUGGGAUGGCUCGAGGGCUGAGCCAGCGGCCCGAGGAGUCCCGCUCCUUUAUGACAGAGUAUGUAGCGACUCGGUGGUACCGGGCCCCUGAGCUAAUGUUGUCCCUGCACCACUACAGCUUGGCCAUUGACUUGUGGUCAGUGGGUUGUAUCUUCGCUGAGAUGCUGGGAAGGAAGCAGCUCUUUCCUGGCAAGCACUAUGUCCACCAGCUGCAGCUUAUCCUUUCUGUACUGGGUACACCCCCAGAGGGGAUCAUAGGGGCCAUAGGAGCAGACCGGGUCCGCUCAUAUGUUCAGAGCCUUCCGCACCGAGCACCCAUUCCUCUGACAACGCUGUAUCCCCAUGCUGAGCCAAAUGCCCUGGACCUGCUGGGGGCCAUGCUGCGCUUUGACCCACAUGAGCGGAUCACGGUGACCCAGGCGCUGGCUCACCCCUACCUUGCCAAGUACCAUGACCCAGACGACGAGCCUGUGUGUGUGCCAGCCUUUGACUUUGAGUUUGACAAACUCCCGCUCAGUAGGGAGCAGAUUAAAGAGGCCAUCCUGGAUGAGAUUCGAGACUUCCACCAGCAGAAAGAAAAGGGCGGGAGAAAGAUCCGGUUCUUGCCCAAGCCAGCUUACAGCAAGCGGCACGGCUCCCUUGCAGCCAGUACGGGUGCCACUGGUAACACGCCAACCACUGGGCCAGGGCAGUUACCAGUUCAGCAUUUGCCAAGCCAAGAAUUUCAGCAGGAACCGGACAUCACAGGGUCUCAGGCAGCAUUCACAGAUCAGACCCCUAAACUCUGUAAACAACCCCCACCUCAUCUGACCAAGUCACAGCCAGGAUUGACCCAAAGCCAGGAUGUGGAUAUGUUGAGUGCGAACUCUGACAGUGGACACCCAGAACCAGAGACCAUUGAUCUGACCACACCCGUCUCCACACAAGGCACCUCACCCUCACACACGAUUGAACAUACUCCAGGGAGAGAGGAACCACCUCAGAAUGAAGGGUCUCUUACAUCAAUGAGUCAGAACCACACUCUCUCCAAUCAGAUGCCCUCAUCCUCUCUUGUCCAAGCCCCACCAUCUUGCUCACGCCCCUGUAACUCACUGACCCUCUCUGAGUCACAAGCCCAGUCCCUCUCGCAGUCCCUCUCUCAGUCCCUGUCCCGUUCUUUGACUCGAGGGGGUAAGGUGGGGUCGGGGGAUGGGGUCAGAAAGGAAGGGGCCAUCUCGGAUGACACAAAAGCUGCCCUUAAAGCAGUACUGCAAAAGUCGGCCCUGCGACAGAGGGCCAGAUCAGAUGGGUCCUCAAUGUCACUGCCCACAGAGAUGGGGAGAGGAGGAGUCCUAGCAAGCUGCUCCCUCUCAAACUCACAGUCGGAACAAAGACGCCCCAUUACAGCACAAGAGCGCCAAAGAGAACGGGAAGAGAAGAGGAGAAAGAGGAAAGAGCGAGCCAGGGAGCGAGAAAGGAAGAUGAAGGAGAAGGAAAAGAAAGACGGAAAGGCAGCUGAGUCCAUAAGAGGAGUGCCACUGAGUGACAACGACAAGAGCCUGUUGCAGCGCUGGAUACGGAUGAUGGACAGCUGCACUGAUAGAUCUCAGCCAAUCAUAGACAGCGUCACCGGGAAGAAAGACAGUCAGGUCCACACGCUUUGUGUGGAAACGGCUGGUCAGAUCCAGCCAUUGUUGGGAAAGGGGCUUCAGCUGGUAGAGUCGGACUCUGGCCAGCGAAACAAUGGUGCAGGCGAGCACCAGCUACAAAGCAAAGGGCCUCAGCAUCAAACGGUCCCCAAAACAAACCACACCUUGUCUACUUUUUACCAGCCAAGGGGCUCCCCGGCCGUCCCACUCCCUUUUCCUGUCAUGCAGGUACCAGUGGGCAGGAUGGAUAUGCUCAGUACCCAUGUGGGCAUCGACGGCCUUGGGUCUUGCACAGCAGUCAAAAACAGUUCAGUCCGGCACCAGGUAGACUUCAGAGGGGGCAACACAUACGACACGAUGGAGAACUGGCCAGGGCCAGACAGACCAGCAACAGGUCCGUCACUCCCCCAACACCAGCUGCUACCUCUUGGGGUGUUCCUUAAUAAAAUUCACAUCCCCUCUGGGGGGGAAGAACUCCAUGUUGAAGUCAAUGGGGAUGUAAGCAUGGCGACCCAAACCAAUGGAAAAUUGCCCCCCAAUCUGAGUUCUACUAGGCCAAGAAGUAUGGAGAAGGUUCAUCCCUCCCUGAGUAACCAUUCUCAAAGCCCACCAUCAGGAUCUUCUGUGCUACCACGGCCCAUCCAUGAGUCCACAACCCCAGAGCAACCAGUAGGGGGCAGCAUCCCUGACAUUCACACAGUCACUCUGCAGCUCUCCAAGUCUCAGGUUGACGACGUGCUCCCUCCCGUGUUCUCAGUCACGCCUAAGGGCAGCGGGGCUGGCUAUGGGGUGGGCUUUGACCUGGAUGAGCUCCUCACACAGUCCUUCACCGACCUCCAGCAGCCUGACCCCAAGGACAGCCACAGUGACUCUGCCCCAUUAUCAGCCUCCUUGCUUUCCGAUUGGCUUGAGGUGCACCGGAUGAGCCCAGCUGACUUGGAGUCACUUCAGCAGGAACUUCAACUGGGUUCUCCCAUGAUCCUCUCGGACGCACACAGCAUUUCUGACACCUGAGAUGUUUAAACUACAUGAAGACUGAUGCUUUGAUCACCAGUGCUCACAGUGGACACUGAACUGAUUCCAUAAUGGCUUGAUUGACACAGUAGUGUGAUUCCAUGUUAUGACUGUAGUUUAGUAAAAAUAAUGACACCGACUACAGAGGUAAUGUUUGCAAUCUCUGUUCAGAAAAAUGUGAAUGCAUGGGUAAGGACAUAGAAAAUGGGAAUACAGCAUGAAUGUACAUUGCAUUAACUACUAUUUUUAGUAAAACCAUUUCAAGCUGGA